GAUUCAACCAAGCUCGGAUGGCUCAGUGCUUGAGCUUGAUUCACGCAUUGGAAUAGUUCUAAGUAGUAUAACUUAACUCCAGGCCAAAGACAAAACGACUGGUCAAGUGGUAGCCGUCAAGAAGUCCCGUGCACCACUGUGGCUCAAACGUACAAUAUUGCAACAUGAAACCCACGUCCUCCGAACCUUAUAUGGCCAUCCAGCCAUCCUUUUGGUGUAAACCAAUUCGAUAGCUGGCUGUACAGGUGCUUUCGGCAUUGGGGUACAUGCACUCUCGUGGCCUUAUUCAUCGUGACGUAAAGCCAGAUAACAUCCUACUCUGUCCUACAGAUCAUCAGAUCAUUCGCUUGAUUGAUUUUGGCACGUCAGGACCGCGCGCAGCUCGUACCCGAGGUCAGCCCCCAAAAGGAACUUGAACAUGGUUUGGGAAUUUUAUCUU